AUGGACGCCGUGGAGGAGCGAGAUGCGGCAGGCGAGGAGGAAGAGUACGAGUACGAGGAGGUAGAAGAGGAGGUGGAAGAGGAGGUGGAAGAAGAGGUGGAGGAGGGGGAGGAGGGUGUUGGAGGAGGAGGAGGAGGAGGAGGAGGGUUUCCAGAUCAGGGGGUAGAUAAGGUAGAUAGUGCAGACCCGGAGAUGAAGCAAUCUGUUACCGGUUCAUCAUCAGAAGGGUUAGUAGUUCAGGUCAUAGGGUGCUAUGUAGGCUUAUUGUAGUUUUUUCCGAUAUUUAUGCGUGCUGUUUUAGAUAUUCCGACCUUGCUGUAGAUUCGGGCUUAGUUUUUGGUUCAGUUUAAUAUUUUGGCCCUUACCCGGAUGGCAAGGGAUAGGCGGGGACGAAACAUGGUAAUCUGGUGUUUUCUUGUUUCUUAGAAAAAUCUUCGUUGGAGGCGUUGGCUGGGAGACCACCGAAGGUAGCGUAAACCAUCGAUCCCACAUUGCGACUUAUCUUUGUUGCAUUUAUUAUCAUACGCUUCGGAAUCUUUUACAUAUGGCGCUCUUUAUCUCUCUCCAUGAAUCUUCGUUUCAUAUAUAUAUAUAUAUAUAUAUAUAUAUAUAUAUAUAUAUAUAUUUCCGAGGCAGAGAGAGGUUUAGGCCAUUUUUGAUGGCUAAACUCCUGGAGCUUCAUCUGUUCAAGAAGGUAGUCCAGUCUGGGAAAACAGGGAAUAACCAAUGUGUUGAGAAUCAUGAAUCUGAGGGACCUGUUCUACAGGUCUGGUAAAUCAGUCCCGAAGAACAGUAAGCAAAGCAGAUGCCCAUUACGGAAACACUUCAUUAACUGGUAUCUGACGAUGACCUUGAUGAGGUCUGCAGGAUAGCAAGAUCUUUGUGCACAAACUACUUGAUGGUUUGGAGAGGAGAUGGUGAUAGAACUGUAUCUGUAAACUCCUCUGGUGUCAAUUUCACCAUGGCAAAACCGGGAUGAGAAGGAACAUAUCCUUUUCUUCAUAGUCGCCGAGAUUGAGACGCUGCCACCAUUUUGGCAAGACUUUGAUACUUUAACCGUCAGAGAACUUGAUUUAAACUCGGAAAUAGAUUUCCAGAAUAUGCUGAUUAUUCCACACCACAUGAACAAAUGGCCAGAAGCUCAGAUUAUGACCUACUUAGAAUAUAAAGGUCUAUGUAUUUUGGGACUAAACAUCCCAUUCAUUAAGAUCGUGCCAUGUGGGAUCUUUGAUUGCUUAAUCUUUCCUCCUGAUUGGGCAGCUAUCAUUCUUUUUUCCACAAAAGAUUAAGGGGCAUUUUAUCCGUUGGCUCCCUUUUCCAAAAUCCAAAUCUUUGAUGCUACCUUCCAGCGUUGGGUUAAACAGAUCUUUCUGAAACAUUAUUAUCAAAUUUACAUGAACUUUUAAGUCACUUGGGCUCUAGACCUCAACAAGUGAUCAUGCAUAUAUUUUAAGCUAUGUGAAUAUCAGGUCACAUGGUCUAUAACUUUCAUGGUGCUGUUAGACCGAUGUUUUAGUUGCUCGGCGAAAAAUCAUGAAAACUGAGUUAGGAUUGUUCAUUCGAAAUCAGUUCCAUGGUAUUUUGAGUCAUGUUCGGACAGCCAGUCAGGAGGGAUUUAAAUUGAUCAGUGAAAUUGGCAGUUUGAAUUAGAUGAGCUGAGUUUAGCAACAUACUGUGUACAGAUUUUAUCAUUUCAACUAUAGAACUUUGAGAUUAGAUUUUUGACAGUAGAUUGUAUCUUAAUUAAAACACAAAGUUGGCCCUGAUUUCUGUUCGUCCCCUGGUUUCUGCUCAUCUUCAUCUUCAUCUUCAGAGGCUCGGAAGCAAUGAUUUCUCAGCUGAGAAAUCAGCUGAGAUGGAUCAAAACUGAUUGAUUUCUCAUUAUCUCAUAUUUAGGCAUUUAUAUUUUAUUUCAAGGGUACUUUAGGGAAUCCUUUUUUGGUGUUGAAUCUGGAUCCAUAGUUGUGACUCGAAUAACACUGGUCUUGUAGGUUUUGGCGAGAAAAAGUAUUCCUCUCAGGCCUGUGUCAUCUGUUAUUUUCUCUCUCUUUCUCUCCAUCCCUCUGUGGUCUGUAUCAUAGUAGUAAAUCCUCCAUGCCACCAUUUACCCCGUUAUAAUUGUGAAAGUUGCAAUUUUUCUGAAAAUUUAUGAACGCUAUUUUUUUUAAAUUUAAUAUCUGUGACCAUGGAUAAUUGAGGAUAUGAUCUAAUACUUCUGAACUGAUCGUUUCAACUCUCCUUCAAGCUUUGGCAUUUUUCCUUAUGUUUUAUGUGCUUCACUGUAACAUGUAGACUAAAUUUUGUGUAGUUUGUUCCCAAUUAAGCGAUGGGCAUUUGUUCAUGAUAUUAUGAAACUUGCUGAAGCCUCUAGCUUUCUGGUUUGCUCAUAAGUCAACUCUUUGGGGUUACUAUUAAAAAACAAUUUACCCCUCUCAGUUUUCUUUCUUUUCUUUUUUGGUCAGCAAUGGAUUUUUCCUCCAUGGAAGAAUUCCAUGUUUCCCAUACUAUAACAACUCGGGCUCUCUUACAAUCUGUUGGUUGUGUCUGCUCUGUUACAGACACCUUUACCAAGCAUUUCAUCAAGUACGGGGAGAUCAUUGACUCAGUUAUCAUGAAGCACAAGGGCACUGGAAGGCCUCGGGGAUUCGGAUUCAUAACUUUCGCCGACCCAGCUGCCAUUGAUAAUGUUCUGAGCGAUGAGCACGUCAUCGACGGAAGAACAGUAUGCCAGCUUUGACUUUUUGUUUUUUUUUUGGCAUUGAUCAGUUCUCAUGUCUGGGUCCUCUCUAAUUAUCAAUUAUUCUGCAGGUGGAAGUCAAAAGGACCGUGCCCAGGGAGAGCAUGCCGCCCAAAGGUGGCUUCAAGACAAAGAAGAUCUUUGUCGGCGGGUUGCCGACCUCUCUAACUGAAGGUAGAUAGAGAGAACCGAGCUCCUUCCAGUGCUUCUCCGCUGCAGGAUCUGAUGGGUUGACUUCUGGGGAACAUCUGCAGAUGAGUUCAAGGAGUACUUCAGUUCCUAUGGCACAGUGGUCGAGCACCAGAUAAUGCUAGAUCACACGACCCGGCGCUCCCGUGGCUUCGGCUUCGUCACCUUCGAGGACGAGGGCUCUGUUGAGGAAGUCAUCUCCCUGGGCAAGAUGCACACCCUCGGUGGCAAGCAGGUCAGUCAGAGGGAAGUCAUCUCCCUGAAGUAGUUGCUAUCUGAGAUCUUCAAAGAACCUAUGAUCAUCAUCAUUGGAAUCUCAGGUGGAGAUCAAGAAGGCUGAGCCAAAGAGAGCAGACAGGGACAGCGGAAUGAACAGCAGAGCUGGCCACGGCCACGGUCCGGGGAAUGCCCACCGGGGCUUCAGCAGCGGCGGCAGUGGUGGGGGCUUCGCCCGCCACAGCUAUGGCAGCCGGGUUGCUGCUCCUGCCGGAGGCUAUGGUGGAGGUUAUGGCUACGGAGGAGGAUUUGGAUAUAACAUGAUGGGGUAUGGAUAUGGUGGCGGCAUGUACGGCGGUGGUGGUGGCGGCGCAUAUGGCGGUGCAGACGGUGGCGAUGUGUAUGGCAGCCCAAGCGGCUACGGCGGCGGUGUCUAUGGCGGCGGCAGUGGCGGCGGCGGGGCCUACGGCAGUGGGUAUGGCGGUGCAAGAUAUGGCGGCCGCUACCAUCCUUAUGGAAGGUGA